CCGGCUUCGCUCCCGCAGCCACUGGCUCUGGCAGGCUCCGCCUCCGGGUGCGCGCUGCGCCCUCCCCUUACGGGUGUCAGGCGAGAGGCGGAGCCGCCUUCCAGUCCCUUGUAUCAGGAGCCGGUGUUACUCGCGGUCACUCAGAGCCGCCUUUAUCUUGCUCCACUGCAAGGGGGUGGCACUUGGGAACACCUUAUUUUACCGUACACGCUAUAAAUACACCACCUGGAAUGGGAGCAGGGCUACCGGCCGCAGCGGGACACAGUGACGCACGGACACCCGGACACCAGCAGCAGCCAGAUCCAGAGAGCCGGCAGUGAGGCUCGACUCAACAGGACAUUGCAAACCGCCCCUGAGCGUUGCAGCGAGCAAACGGGGGGGAGGCUUUGGAGAUACAAGGCCUGGCUCCUGGUGGCCCUUGCAAGGAGAUUUGGUGGGGCAGAAGAAGGAACCGGCUGCUGUGUCCGUGCUCCCCAGGCACCCGGUGAUCACUGGCAUUGCACCCCACCCAUCUGCCAACAUGAUGCAGAUCUGCGACUCCUACAGCCAGAAACACUCCCUUUUUAACGCCAUGAACCGCUUCAUCGGGGCCGUCAACAACAUGGACCAGACGGUGAUGGUGCCCAGCCUGCUGCGGGACGUGCCGCUGCUGCUGGAGGAGCUGGACUCGGGGGGCGGCUGCGGGGAAGGGGACCCCCAGUUGUCGCCGGGGGACGCCGGCGCCUUCUUCUCCCGCAGGGACAUGUACAGCCAUUACCUGCUGCUCAAGUCCAUCCGCAACGACAUCGAGUGGGGGGUGCUGCAGCAGGGCGCCGAGGAGGCUAGCCGGAAGAAGGACAAGCUGAGCGGGGACAUUAGCCGGGGCCUCCCGGAGGCCGCGGUGGAGGAGGAGGAUCUGGAGAAGCAAUUUCACUAUCACCUGAGCGGACUCCACACGGUGCUCUCCAAACUCACCCGCAAGGCCAACGUGCUCACCAACAGAUACAAGCAGGAGAUCGGCUUCAGCAACUGGGGGCACUGAGCCAGGGCAGGG